AUGUCUUCAUCGAAUCAAGAUUCUGUCCCCAACCUCGAGCGCAACGAGGAACAAGACAUCAUUGAAAAUAAUACUGUUCAUCAUCAAGAAAAGGAAUUAUCAAAUCGUCCUUUGGGGAACCAUAAUAUAAUUGAUUUUCAGUACGAGGACGAAUACGCAACAUCUGAACAAUAUGAUUUGUUUGCGGCCAGUGUGAUUGAAAGUCUCAAAGAGGACAUUGAAACGAUCAUUAUCGAUCUUUCAUCUUCCAAAGAAAUUACAGUAGGAAUGGGAGGUGAACAUGCUCCGAGACUUGUUUUCACACAAGAUUCCGACGACUCACUUUCACAACAGAUUGAAAACGUAGUUUCUGAAAUUUCUUCGCAAACCACACUCUUGCAAGAGACGACAACACACGACAGCAGCAACAACGACUCGGAAAAUGAAUUAAAAUCAUCCUCCUCGCGUGCCUUGCUCAUCAUUGACUCAUCAUUAAGUCAUAUGGAAGACUUGAAUUUUAGAGAAGAAAUGACUGAAAUUAUUUUCAAUCACUCAAAACUCCAAAACGUGAAAUAUUUAUCGAUUCAAGAUGCUUCCUAUUUAACAUCAUUGGCUUGUUCAAAAAUAAGUGCAAUUGUUGUGCAUUUAGGUCAUCAAACAAGUCAUGUAGUUGCAGUAGUCGAUGGACAAGUGAGAAUGGAUUCAUUGAGGACUAUUGAAAACGGUGGAAUGAGUGAACAGAAGCUGAAUGAAGAGUUGGCAAGAAGACUCAAAUUGGUGAAUGAACAAAUUCCUCUCACACAAGAGUUAUUGGAUCGUGUGAAACAAAAUCUAAAGUGUUGUGUGAAUCAUUCGGAAAAGAAUGAACAAGAAUCUUUUCAAGUUGAAUCUUGCUCAAUGGCUGAAGAUACCAACACGAGUACUUGCUCAAAUACGCUUACAUUAGGUCAUGAAAUUAUGUACCAAAUCAUGGAAGACUUAUUCUUUUCUUCGCAACACAAAACUUCUCUGCCUCAAAUCAUUGCUGAUUGCAUUUCAUACAUUUCAGAUGAGUCAUUGGACUUGGAACGUAAUAUUAUUGUAUCAGGAAGUGGAUGUAUUCCUCUCAUUCAAAAUUUCCAUGAGCGUCUUUCUUCAGAUUUAAGAACCUUGUUAGGUCUUGAAAUUGUGAUUGACAAGAAUUCACAAGCAAGAAAUUUGGCAUGGAUUGGAGCCAGUACAUUGACAAGUGUACCUGAAUGGGUUUCACCUUUUUGUGUCACUAGAGAGCUUUUUGAACAAGAGGGAAGCUCAUGUAUAUGUUCAAAAUCUUACGAUGUCAUUUAUUCCUCUCUUUUUUAA